AUGGAUAAGAGUUGGAUGCGUAAGUCACGAUUGAGUCAAGAAUACGAAGAUGGAGUCGAACAAUUCCUCAAUUUUGCAUUUGCCAACUCAAGUGAAGAUGAUAGGAUCAUUUGCCCUUGCAUAAAGUGUCGUGUACCGUCACCUAUCCAUGAGCCAACAAACACAUUUGCAGCUCCAUCAAGCUCUAAUCCUCACUUCCAAACUUCUCGUACAAGACCAGAUAGUUUGGAAGAAUUAUUACGGUAUGCUUUCAGCAUCCAUCAAGUUAAUAACGAGGGCCUACCAUCUACUGCCGAUGAAUUCAAUGUUGAGGUGAAUGAUGGAGAUGAAGCUACUAUAGAAGUUGAUGAACAACCUUCUAAAGAAGUGGCAAAGUUUUACAAGUUGCUUGAAGAUAUGAACAACAAACUUUAUGAGGGAUCGCAGCAUUCUAGAUGUGAACAUUUGAAUGAUGACAAUGAAUUGGUUCACAAGAAACCUGCGAAGGUUUUAUGGUAUUUUCCAUUAAUACCACGACUGCAGAGACUUUUCAUGUCGACUAAGACUUCUGCUGAUAUGAUAUGGCAUGCUAAUGGUCGGACCAAUGAUGGGCUGUUACGACACCCUGCUGAUGCUGAGGCAUGGAAAUCAUUUGAUGCAAGAUAUCCUGAUUUCGCUUCUGAUCCUAGAAAUGUUAGGCUUGGUCUUUCUUCAGAUUGGUUUAACCCUUUCAAAUUAUUAAGUACUUCUUACAACACUUGGCCAGUGGUGUUGAUUCCUUAUAACUUACCACCAUGGAUUGGGAUGAAACAAACUUCUUUUCUUUUGUCAGUGAUUAUUCCUGGAGACAAAGAGUUAAAGCAAUUAUGGGUUGGUGUAGAGACGUACGAUGCAUCUGUAAGGAGAAAUUUCAAUAUACGGACUGCCUUGUUAUGGACUAUUAAUGAUUUCCCUGCUUACGCAAAUUUAUCACGUUGGAGCACUAAAGGGAAAUAUGCUUGUCCUUGUUGUGCUGCGAAAACUUCUUCACAAUGGUUAACUAAUGGCCAGAAGUUUUGUUAUAUGGCACAUCGACUUGAUUUGGUUGACAUGGGAAUUCGUCGAGAGCUUCAUCCUCAAUAUCUUCCCAAUGGCAAAACAAGACUACCACCCGCUUCUUUCUCCAUGACAAAAAAAGAAAAAGACCUAUUUUGUCAAGUCUUGAAGACUAUAAAGGUCCCAGAUGCUUACUCUUCGAAUAUAUCAAAAUGUGUAAAUCAGAAGGAGCGAAAACUUCAGUCUUUAAAAUCACAUGAUUAUCACAUAUUGUUGCAUGAUUUGCUUCCAAUUGCUUUGAGGUCAUCCAUGUCAAAGCUAGUGACUCGCGUCAUUUCAGAGCUUUGUAACAUAUUCAAAAUUAUUUGUGGUAAAGUUCUUAAGGUGGAAGAUCUUGACAACCUUCAAUAUCGAGCAGCAAUAGUUUUGUGUCACUUAGAAAAGAUUUUCCCACCUGCAUUUUUCACUAUAAUGGUGCACUUGGUUAUCCAUCUACCAAUGGAGGCCAAAAUCGGUGGACCUGUGUACUAUCAAUGGAUGUAUCCAAUCGAGAGGUUUUUGCUCAAGUUAAUAUCUUAUGUGCGGAAUAAACGAUAUCCUGAAGGAUCUAUUGCUGAAGGAUUUUUAGCAGAAGAAUGUGUCACUUUUUGUUCUAGGUAUUUGGUUGAUGUUGAAACGAUUUUUGAUAGACCUGGGAGAAAUUUAGCACAAGUGCAACAUGAGCUACUUGCAAAGUCGUAUUUAUUUGAAAGUGGUGGAGAACCAAUAGGGAAAGUUGAAGUAGCACAGUUAGAUGAUAUAUCAUGGGCGCAAGCACAUCAUUAUGUGUUAUUUCAUUAUAAAGCUAUUGAAUCACUCCAAAUUGAGUAUAGAAAUAUCUUGAAAGAUCAAACAAGAUGUCGACGUUCAAAUGCUCGUUAUCUCGAUAGAAAAUUUACCGAAACUUUUCAUGAAUGGUUGGGAGAAACGGUUUCUCAUGGAAAAAAUGUGUCAGAAGAAAUUAAAUUUCUUGCACAAGGUCCAAAUAGGAUUGUUAAGAGAUAUAAAGGACUCGUCAUUAAUGGAUUUCGCUUCCAUACUAAAGCUUGA